UAGCCAACAUGGUUGCUCUGACCGGUGUACUGUUGCUGCUUACCCUGGUCUCCGUCGCGGAUCUCCAAGAGGCAGUUGACACAGAAUGUUGCGCGGACGCCGCCACCGACACCACUGCAGAUGAUGCUCAGAACACCGAGGAGAGUGAACAAGAGUUGGAUGUGGAGCUGGAGGAAGCAUGUCCUGAGCUGAGUGGCCAGAUCAUUGGAGGAAGGGCAACCUCAAUACAACGACACCCUUACCAAGUGUCAAUGGUGCUGAAUGGAAACUCCUUCUGCGGUGGCUUCAUCAUCAGUCAGGACUACGUGCUGACUGCUGCUCAUUGUGUACAAAACACAUCCCCGAGCGCCAUCCGGCUUCGAGUGGGCAGCACCCGGCGUGACUCGGGAGGCAGGAUCGUGAGAGUGGCAAACGUAACAGUACAUCCUCAAUAUGGAAGACCACAGUUCGACAAUGACAUUGCUGCACUGAGACUGGCCAGGCCUUUAAAUUUCAAUGCCAAUAUUCGAGCCAUCAGACUGCCGCAGCCACGACAGCCUGUUCCACUUGUGAGGCUAACUGUCACUGGAUGGGGUCUAACAGCUGUUGGUGGGCGUCGUAUUCCUCGCAUCAUGAUGGAAGCCAACGUCCCCGUGGUACCACACUGGCUAUGUCGCCUGUCGUAUGGGCAGUCACUGACCAACAACAUGUUCUGCGGAGGACACUUCCUCAUUGGAGGAGUGUCGUCUUGUCAGGGUGACUCCGGAGGGCCGGCCGUGUUCCGAGACACGGCAUUUGGCGUCGUAUCGUUCGCAAGAGGAUGUGCAUUACCGCUGUCACCGACCGUCUUCACCAACAUCGCUUCCCUCAGAAAUUGGAUCAGAGACAACACUGGCGUCUGAUACAAAACCAACCGUAUUCCACAUACCCACAGAGUAUAUUUUUAGACUUAGCAACACUGUGAUAGAUAAAUGUAUUUAGAAUCCAGGAGAACUUACGCUAUCCCUGGUACUUAGUGCUACCGUUAUUCUGGCUUCCAGCCAGUUAGUUUUUCGAACUAGAAAAUAUGUUGUUUUGUAAUUUUGUAGCUGCGAUUAAGCCGUGUAUUGGAUCAUUGACGCUUUUUGGUAUUUUUCCAAGUUUCGACUUCGUUUAUUUUUUACUAAUACUACGAAAAUAUCACUCGAACUGAUCGUUUUAUGAAUGGCUUAUGUUAUUUGCCCAUUAUGCUAAAUAUAUACAAAUUGUUGUCCACAUUGGGGACAGAUGUUAUGUUUUAUAUACUUUUUUAUUAAACUGUUUUACAAUU